AUGCCCUUGGCUGCUUCCACGCGCACCAGCAGCCGCAAAAGGUUCUUGGGUACCUUGGCCAGCAACCACUUCUUCCCUCAGCCAAACGCAUUGCAUCCGCUACAAAGGUACCAGUACGGUCAGCAGCGGAGAGAACCCAGCGAGGCUACUCCGAGGCUUCCUGUUUGCAAGCAGAUUGUCCCCAGCCUUCAUCCUGGGUUGGGCCACUACAGCAAGUUUCAAUCCAGCCAUUCAAGCAUUCAAGCAUUGCCGAAUACAGGUACUGUAGCCGUUGCUCCUCUGCUUGCCUCUCCUUCCAGCAGCCUUCGCAAAAGUGCAUACUAG